AAACUUUUAAAAAACAUUAUUUAAUCUGAAAGAUCUCUUAGAUAUGUUGAAGAAGAAGGCGGAAGGUACUUAAUUUAAAAAGCUACAGAUUAUCCGUAUCACGAAACACAUAUGAUAGCAGAUAUCAACUUCAAAAUAUCUAAAAAUAAUCAAAUUUACCUAAAUAUAUAGUCAAUCUAAAGUUCUACAAAUCAUUAGGUGGUGACUGUCAAAUAAUCAACAAACAUCAUGUCAGCCCUACAGUCAAAUAUAACGAGUUCGAUAAACAAAACUAGUUCAACACCUCUUAAUAAAUGUCAUUUGGCAUAUGCAAACAUUUUAUUAGUUGUAGGAUAUUUAUUGGUGAUUGUUAUCGGAUCUAUUGGAAACACAUUAGUUGUUAUUAUUUUUAAGUUUAAACUGAAGAAAAGACCAAUUAUUGAUUUACUUAUUUUUUACCUGGCUGUGUUUGAUGGGUUAGGUUCAUUAUUUAACCCAUUGGUUUUUUUAUAUUGGACGUUAACCUGCUAUCAACGGUGGGAUUUUGGAUGGCUUGGGUGUAAAAUAAUACCACCAUUCAGCCGAAUAGUUACAAAUAUAUCGACUGGUGUCAUACUUAUAAUGGCGAUUGAUAGAUGUCGUUCAAUAGUUUUUCCGUUAAAAAGACGUUUUCGACGAACAACUAUACACAUUGCUAUGUUUGCUACAGUUGCAAUAUCGAUUGUCUGGGAAGUAUAUUAUAUAAAAUCUUUAAUAAUAGAUAAAUUUGGUCGUUGCAAUCCUGCUGAAGUUAAUGACCCUUCUUACGCGCACCCGCUGAUUGCAAUGGUGACGGCCAGGUCUUUAAUUUUUAUUGUUGUGUUUACCGCAACAACAACAGCUGUAUAUAUAAAACUUCACAACUGUGAGAGGAUGAUACUUUUACGAAGCAGUUCUUCAAAAACAACAAAUAAAAAUAAAAGCGUGAUGAAAAUGUUAGUCAUUAUGGCAACUGUAUUUGUAUUGUCAGUUAUACCACGAGAUAUUUUACAUUUAACUUUCACCAUUUCAUGGCAAAAUCCUUCUGAAGGAAUACCACAUGCUCGCAUAUCAGAAUUAAACAGUUGGCUUCGAUUACUACAAAUUAGUAAUGGAAUUUACAACGUAUUUAUUUACGGAAAAAUGUAUAAAAAUUUUUGGAAAAGUGUGCAAAUGAUGCUACGUUGUAAAUACACUCCUUUCGGGGUGUUUGAAAGUCAAAUGUCACACUUUGACCCAAGAAAAAGCAAUUCUCUUUAUUCAGACGAAACCAGAAGAGUAACAUUAACAAUCAUUUCGAACGAGACCGAUUUUGGCGGGAUGAACAAAUACCACUCAAUUAAAAGCAAAAGCAGUCAGUGCACUUUAUAGCCAAUAAUAAACGCAGAUUUUUUAUUAUAGCGUGUUUUUAUUAACAAAACAUGUUUCUCAUUUCUUAUAUGAAAUCAAUUUAAUAUAUACGAAGAGAACACCGGAAAUACACUAUAGUAAAAGGUUUUAAAAAAGUUUCUAUUGACCAUUUAUAAAAAUCUUUACAUAAAGCAAAGAAAACCAAAAAUGGAAAAAAAGUUAUA